AUGAUGCUGUUUUUACUGGGGGUCUUUUCGAUUGCGGGAUGUGCUUCUGUAACGGUGGAUAAAGCUAGAACGACAACACCGACAACACCGACAACACCAUGUGGCAAUUGUACGGCUGAUGGUUUGUGGUCUCUAUGGGAAUUCACCUCAACACAAUGUAUCACCUCGUGGACAUGGACCGAAAAAACGACCUAUGUAAAUGGGAAAUGGUCUCACACAAGGACGAAAGUGUUGCUCAAUUGUGGAAUGUAUGGGAGACAGCCACAGAUCAGAACUUGUCUCUCCAAUCCACUGGGAUGUCCAUGCAAAGGCGACGUCGUCCGUCAGGUUGGAUGCGGCAGUGCGACUGUCUGUUCGAUCAAAGAGCUGCCAGGAAUCGAUUGUGCUCCUGGAUAUGUAAAAAGUGGAUCAAUUUGUGUCCAGUCAUCACCUCCACCACCAGAAUCAAACAUUACCGCGGAAAUCAACGAACGAUGCGUGUUGAAGCCAAACUGUGCUUGUCCAAAGGGAGGCGCUUGGAGUGACUAUGAGUGGCUCGAGUCAGCUCCAUGUCCAACGAUUCCCACUUAUCUCUACAGUCAAAACGCGAGUCUCUAUAAACCUUACGAAGCAUGUGGUGCCUGUCAACAGCAACUUCAGCAACGAUUCUGUGUCUCGGCUGUGAGAGGGUGUCCUUGCACUGGUUCACCGUAUCGAUUGAUGCGCUGUAAUCCGACAAUGUGCACUUUCCCGCUAUUCCGUUGCUGUAAUGAUAUUGAUAACAUCAAACAGCAAGUCAACUACUCAACAAAGCGAUACGAGUGUUUACCAACUCCAAUAGAUAAAUGGUCGCUUGUGUCAACGCAGACCGAUCCGUAUGCUAGCAAUAGUACAUGUUUCAAAGAUCUCCAAAUUGGU